AUGUCGGGGAAGGGCGCGAAGGGUCUGAUAAUGGGCAAGAGUGCCAGCAACAGCAACAGCAACAAAGACAAGGACAAGAAGAAACCCAUCUCUCGUUCCUCUCGUGCUGGGCUUCAGUUCCCGGUGGGUCGGAUCCACCGCCUCUUGAAGCAAAGGACCACCGCUAAUGGGAGGGUGGGAGCAACUGCUGCGGUUUAUUCUGCAGCUAUCUUGGAGUAUCUGACUGCUGAGGUGUUAGAGUUGGCAGGCAAUGCGAGCAAGGAUCUGAAGGUGAAACGUAUCACUCCCAGGCAUUUGCAGCUUGCUAUUCGUGGCGAUGAAGAACUUGAUACCCUGAUCAAAGGAACCAUUGCUGGUGGAGGUGUGAUCCCUCACAUUCACAAGUCACUAAUCAACAAAUCGACCAAGGAAUAG